CCGGUCACAUGGAAGACUCUCAUGAUGCGACUGGCUGGGGUGUGAAGGGGGGCGGGGCCGAAGCCCCUGUGAGGUUCCGUGCCCCUGGUCCAGCCGCUUGUUUGGCUGCUGCCGUCACCUCAUGGCGACUCGGGUUGAGGAGGCAGCGCGGGGAAGAGGCGGCGGUACUGAGGAGGCUACUGAGGGCGGACGGGGCGGACGGCGACGCAGUCCCAGGCAGAAGUUUGAAAUUGGUACAAUGGAAGAACCUGGAAUUUGUGGGUUAGAAGUGAAAGCUGACAUGUUGUGCAACUCUCAAGCAAAUGAUAUUCUUCAACAUCAAGACUCCAGUUGUGGUGGCACAACUAAGAAGCAUUCACUGGAAGGGGAUGAAGGCAGUGACUUUAUAACAAAGAAUAGGAAUUUGGUGAGUUCAGCAUUCCGUGCACAGGAGUCAAGAGAAGAAAUUCCUGGACAAGAAGCUCGAACAGGUCCUCCUGAUGGCCAGCAAGAUUCAGAGUGCAGCAGGAACAAAGAGAAAACCUUAGGAAAAGAAGUUUUAUUGCUGAUGCAAGCGCUAAACACCCUUUCCACCCCAGAGGAGAAGCUGGCAGCUCUCUGUAAGAAAUAUGCUGAUCUUCUGGAGGAGAGCAGGAAUGUUCAGAAACAAAUGAAGAUUCUGCAGAAGAAGCAAGCCCAGAUUGUGAAAGAGAAAGUUCACCUGCAGAGUGAACACAGCAAGGCCAUCUUGGCAAGAAGCAAACUGGAGUCUCUUUGCAGGGAACUUCAGCGUCACAAUAAGACCUUAAAGGAGGAAAAUAUGCAGCAGGCACGAGAGGAAGAAGAACGACGUAAAGAAGCAACAGCACAUUUCCAGAUUACUCUAAAUGAAAUCCAAGCCCAAUUGGAACAACAUGACAUACAUAAUGCCAAACUCCGCCAGGAGAACAUCGAACUGGGAGAGAAGCUGAAGAAGCUCAUUGAGCAGUAUGCACUGAGGGAAGAGCACAUUGAUAAAGUAUUCAAGCACAAGGAAUUGCAACAACAACUUGUGGAUGCCAAACUUCAGCAAACAACACAGCUGAUAAAAGAAGCUGAUGAAAAACAUCAGAGAGAGAGAGAGUUUUUACUAAAAGAAGCAACAGAAUCCAGGCACAAAUAUGAACAAAUGAAACAGCAAGAAGUACAACUAAAACAGCAGCUUUCUCUUUAUAUGGAUAAGUUUGAAGAAUUCCAGACUACUAUGGCAAAAAGCAAUGAACUUUUUACAACCUUCAGGCAGGAGAUGGAAAAGAUGACAAAGAAAAUUAAAAAACUGGAAAAAGAGACAAUGAUAUGGCGCACCAAAUGGGAAAAUAAUAAUAAAGCACUUCUGCAGAUGGCUGAAGAGAAAACUGUCCGUGAUAAAGAGUACAAGGCCUUUCAAAUAAAACUGGAACGGUUAGAGAAGCUGUGCAGGGCUCUUCAGACAGAGAGAAAUGAGCUCAACGAGAAGGUGGAAGUCCUGAAAGAGCAGGUCUCUAUCAAAGCAACAGAUGGGGACUUGGUGUCACCUGCGAUGCAGCCCUGUGCUGCCCUGGAUUCGUUCAAGGAGACGAACGCUUCAAGAAGAGCCCUGGGAAUGCACUUGGAGUCUAGGGCCAAAGCCAAGUCAGUGAGUGAGAGAAGAAGUGCCACACAAAAGCCCUCAUCUUCAGGUUCUGCGAAAGGCAUUGAGUCAGUUGACUAGGGUGAAAUGUGAUCACUGUAUUGAGAGAUAUAUUUUGUGUAUAAAUUCCUCUGUUAGUAGUAACUAUUGGUUUUGUGGUGAAAUUUUUCUUACUUUUUCUACCAUAUCUGUAUUUUCUUAGAACUACUGGACUUAUGUGGUACAGGAGGCUGCUUAGCAGUUUGAAAUAGUUUUAAUCUAUAAAUUUCCUUAAACUAUGUUGCACAUCUGCCUCAUUUUCCCCCCUUUGUUGGCGUGCAUGUCUUCAUUGCUUUGUCCUUUCUGCUCCUUGCACCUAAUUUUCCUAAUUAAAGUAUCAUUCAAGACAGGGCCAUUUGAGGAACUAUGUUCUCAGGAUAGUUCCUUGAUGUGAAAACAAUUUAAAUUAAAACAUCCUGGCCCAUUAAUGUUAGUCAAAGGAAAAUACCAAGAUGAUUACCUUUGCUUAAUAGCCUAUUUAAAUAAAGGGGGAUGGGGGACAGGUCAGAAACAAGCUUAGCAUUUUUCAUUCAAAUUAGCUUUUCUUGAUUUACUUGAGAAAUUGAGAUGACAACCUUGAAGUUCUGGUGGAACAUAUAUAAAUGUUACUUGUGAACAAAAUUGGAUGAACGGGCUUAAUGUUUCUGCAACUAAAAAUAAGUCAUACUGUGCUGGUUUUGGGAUACAAUGUACCACAUGUGAAAUUAAUCUGGACUACCUGAUGAUCACUGUAGUGGAUGGUGGUGGUUUAUGUACAUAUUCUCCACUUCACAGAAAAAGCUGAUUAUUCUUUGAAAACUGCUCUUCCUUGCAGUACUUUGUGAGUUUAGAACAAGAAUAAAUUCAUAUGGAGCUUGUAUUAGGCAAAAGCUUUUUUUCACCCCCUACAUUUUGGCUAUAUGAAAAUUGGUUGUUCAUUUGCUCUAAGACUCUCACCAGGGGCUAUGGAUGUGCUCAGUGGUAAGCACUUGCCUAUCAUAAGAGGCCCUGGGUUUACAAGUUCCAUCAGCAAAGAACGCUAGUUAUUUUGUUUCCUGAAAGAGAAUUUAAAUUACGGAUCAGCACUAACUGAAACAUUUAAUUUCCAAAGUAAAAACACUGGAAACAGCAUUUUUUCUAUCUUGGGAAGACUUGGCAGAUUGUUUACAUAGUCAAGAAGACCUCUAACUUAUGCUUUCUGGUCCAUUUCUCCUUUCUUUGAUGCUGUCACUUAAAACAAGAUAAAACAAACCAGUAUUAACGUUUCUACACUUUAAAUUGGGGAAUUUCAAAACAUGUCUUAGUUCUUUUUGUUUUCUCAGUGUUGAAUGUGGCUCAGCCAUGCAAACUACUAGAAGGUCUUUAUUGUCUUGGUACAAUUUGCAUGGAAAUUCUAUAAACCACAUUCUAUUGAGCAAAACUAUCAGACUAAAUUGCUUACUGGACUAAAUAAACUCCAUUUCUCUGUGCUACAAGUUUUAUUUGUAAACUCCUGUCACAUUCAUGGUCUGAACUGGGUUCAAAGAACUGAAAAUUGUUCAAAAGAUAGAAAAAAGUCCCUGGAGUAGAGUAUUAUAUCUUUCUAAACUUUCACCAUUGGUCAUGUUAAUCAAGGGGUCAGACAGUGGAGGAAAAGAAAUUUUUAAAGUAGAUUGUAAUCUUAUUACUGUCCAAGUGUGUCAGAAACAAAAACAAUACCUUCCAAUAGCCUCUUAUAAAUACUCUCCCACCUUCAGCUACUAGAAAAUACUGGAUCAUUUCCCAUGAAGGUACAUCAGAAAUAUAAUCUACUUGGAAAUUAUUACUAAUGAUCACAUUUCAUAAGUCUGCUGGAUACACAGCUCUUAACAUUUUAUUAAGCCAUGUGUGUAGCUUGCCACAUUUUUUGUGGUGCUCGUCCUGUGUGGAAGACUGUAAAUCUUGGACCUGUUGCAUAUUUUCAAGGGCUUCAUAAAGCAAUGUGAUUAACAGUCCUGGCCUGCUGCUUUUGGCUUACAUGCAUUUUUAGCUAGAUGUUUGGAGGAUAGGGAUUCUGUCUGAGAUGCAUUCAGAAUCUUUCCUCCCAUUACCCUGUGAAUACAAAUGGGACCUCAGAGAAGGAUACCCUCCCCUAAAGUGAUCACCUCACCAGCCCAGUGUUGUGGCUUUGUAGCACGCCCUGUAUCUACCAUAUUAUAGAACACUGUAAUGCUACUAGGCUGGCUCAGAAAAGGUUUAAAUGUUGAAUUCACUUACUGCAUUUGGUGCACUACCAUGCGAUCUUGAUGUAUAUUUAUAGUGGCAGUAGACCCCAAAAAUGUAGCGAAAACUUGGGUCUUGAAUAUCAGGCCAUUUCAUCCUCAGACUUGUAGAAGUACAUUUCCUGGUCUUGAGACCAGUAUUUUUUAGUUAUGUAUGCAACUGCCUUUAUUACACACCUGGUUAUCACAAUUCAAUUCUCAGGUGUUGCAGAAAAAUCUACCUCUUUCAGACUGUAGAUGGAAAUAACUGUGAAAAAAUGAUGCAGAUAUCUUCUAGUUUGUGCUAAACACACUGCUUUAUUUUUACAGCCCACGUCUUUCAUGAGGAUAUGAAUUGUUAAGAGGCAGUCUUGUUUUGCUUUUCAAAGACAUUUUGUAGAGAUUUUUCACUAACGUGAAUCUGAUUUUAUCUACUCGAUUCUGUAUAGAUACAUAUUAAGUAAAUAUGUAUGAUGAA